AUGACCUCCUCCCCCCUUAAAGAAUUUCCCCAGCAGAAGCUGGCCGAGGGCUUCUACUUCGGAGAGUCACCGCGAUUUCACAAUGGGCUCUUGUAUUUCAGCGAUAUGACGGGGCGCAAGAUUUACACCGUCAACCCUACUUCUGGCGAGAAGCAAGUCUUAUUGGAGGUUGAGAAUCAACCAAACGGCAUGUGUUUCGCCGCGGAUGGUUCCCUCAUUUACUCAUCCAUGUUCGAUUCCAAGCUGUAUCGUCUGAAAGACGGGAAAUCCACUCUGUAUGCCGACAUGUCUGGGACCAUGACCGGCUACUGCGGAGAUAUGGUCAUCGAUAACGCAGGGCAUGUAUUUUUGGAUGACACGGGCGCCCGUGUCCUCCAUGGAGAAAAGCCCGGUCCUGGCCGCCUGCUCAGAAUCGAUCCAGACGGAAAGGUUACCUCGGUGGAAGAGAAUAUUAUCUUUCCUAAUUUACUGUGCAUCAGCCCGGACGGCAAGACUCUGUACAAUGCGGAGACAUUCGGUUAUGGGCUGUAUAAAUUCGACCUGAACGCCGAUGGAUCUCUGGGCAAGAGAGAAAAAGUUUGGACCCCUGCAACUGUCGCUGGAGAGAGGGGUGCUUCAGCAGCCUCAAUGAUUGGCAUCGAUGGUGGGCGGAGAGGACGGGAAAACAUUGUACAUGUGUACGAACUCAGUUCCUAA